AUGGCGGCAUCGAUCCAGAUAUUUGGUCAUUCCUUUGUUUCCCGUCUGAAAUCUUUUCUACGGAAUGAACCACAUCUUCAUUUUAACUUAAACUUAACUUCGCUCCCGUUGGUACAAUAUUCGGGUUAUUCAGGAGCUAAGGUGGAAACACUCCGGAGGAAUUUUACGGACAUUACGGAUUUCGCUCCAGAUAUUGUUGUACUUUUGAUUGGGACAAAUGAUUUAUGUCAACCGGAUGUUGACCAUGUCAGUGUUUCCGCAGCAAUAUUAGACUUAAUUGAUAGUUUACUUUUCUUGGGAAACGUAAAAAGGGUGAUCUGCUGCCAAAUAUUACACAGACGGCCUUCACAGUCAACACAUCAUCACGUUGAUACAACAUGGUUUAAUAAUCGUGUAGAUGAGACAAAUUACAUCUUGUCAACGAACAUUCAAGCAUUGCCCCAUGGCCGUGCCACUUUCUGGCGUUUAAAGGGAUUUUGGUCUCCAGAAGCGCAGUCUCAGGUCUUUGCAUUAGAUGGGGUACAUUUGUCCGUCAUGGGUCAAAAGAAGCUGUACUCUAACAUCCGUGCUGCAGUGGUUGCCACUUUAAAUAAUGGUCUAGAGAUAUGA